GUAUGCGGUGGAGCUGAUGAAGACCCCGAUGAUAAAAAUGCACCAUUUCGACAACGGCCAUUUUGCAAAUAUAAGGGACAUACUGCUGAUCUCCUUGAUCUUUCAUGGUCUAAAAACUACUUUCUGCUUUCUUCUUCGAUGGAUAAAACAGUCAGGUUAUGGCAUAUUUCCAGAAGAGAAUGCCUCUGCUGUUUUCAGCAUAUAGAUUUUGUCACUGCCAUAGCUUUCCAUCCAAGAGAUGACAGGUAUUUUCUAAGUGGAUCAUUAGAUGGAAAGCUCCGCCUUUGGAACAUACCUGACAAAAAAGUGGCUUUGUGGAAUGAAGUAGAUGGUCAAACAAAAUUGAUCACAGCUGCAAAUUUCUGUCAGAAUGGCAAAUAUGCAGUAAUUGGGACAUAUGAUGGCAGAUGUAUUUUCUAUGAUACAGAGCAUUUGAAAUACCACACACAAAUACAUGUCCGAUCUACCAGAGGGCGCAACAAGGUUGGAAGAAAAAUUACUGGCAUUGAGCCUUUACCUGGAGAAAAUAAGAUACUGGUAACCUCAAAUGACUCCAGAAUCAGACUAUAUGAUCUUAGAGAUUUGUCACUGUCCAUGAAAUAUAAGGGUUAUGUCAACAGCAGCAGCCAGAUCAAAGCAAGUUUCAGCCAUGAUUUUAGUUACCUCGUAAGCGGCUCCGAAGAUAAGUAUGUUUAUAUCUGGAGUACUUACCAUGACCUAAGCAAGUUUACUUCAGUCAGGAGAGAUCGUAAUGACUUUUGGGAAGGUAUUAAAGCACAUAAUGCAGUUGUUACAUCGGCCAUCUUUGCUCCAAACCCAAGUUUGAUGUUGUCUUUGGAUGUGCAAUCUGAAAAACCAGAAGGUGAAGACGCUGAAAUUUUGGAUACCAUGCCCUCUGGUAUUAUGAAGACAGAUCACACAGAAGUUCUUCUCUCUGCUGACUUCACUGGAGCAAUCAAAGUGUUUAUUAACAAAAGGAAAAAUGUAUCUUAAUUUUAAAUGCCAUUUAAAAUAAACCUAUCAGUAAGUUUCUGUAUGUAUCAGAGCUGAAAAAAAUAUUAGUGUUUCAGGCUAACAUCUUUUUUAAUUUUUAUUAGAAGUUGUUCAAAUAUAAUAUAUUUUUUGAGAGGCAGUGUUAAUGAUCUAGUAAACCCUGAACUGAUAGACGAGAAAGGAAUGUGGCUAGAAUAACAUUGCCAAACAUUAAGCUUUACGUUUUCUUAUGUUUGUGUUUUUCUUAUAUAAUUGUGAACAUGCACAGGUUUCUGCAUGAAAAUAUUAAUAUAUUAAUCACAUGUGUGUGCCUUUUGGUUACAUGCACUAAAUCUUAACAAAGUUAAAUUAUUUCAGUGGCUCUUUUGGCCUCUUAUUGGGGAAGGAGUCUUGUUUCUAGCUUAAACAAUUUCUUUUGCACAAAAUUUCAUUUUUAAGAAAAGUGGUAUCUUUUGACUGAGUUAUUGUUUUUAAAAUGUUAUAUAGGGGCUGGCC